AUAAAAUCUAAACCACACCCUUUAGGAUCGUUAAAUAAUCUGUGAAUCUUCAACUGGUUCCUGCGGGUAAUGGACAAUUCAGAGGCAAGUUUCUACCUCUCCCAGUUGAUCGGCAAGAACCUUCGCCUCCAUACUACGGAUAAACGCAUUUUUGGGGGACAAAUGAAGUGUACAGACAAGGAUCGCAACAUUAUUCUCGCGCUUACCUACGAAUAUCGAGCGCCCUCCGAAGCCGAGAUCUGCCGGACCGUUGAGGCCCCCGGGGAAAUGUCCGCACCCGUGAGCUGGAGCAGCCGCUAUGUCGGGCUGGUCGUUGUGCCGGGCGCGCAUGUGACAAGAAUUGAGCUGGAAGAGUCUGUGUUCGGGAAGAGUGAUGUUGCGCUCUGAAGAAUUGCAAUGUCAAUUCGAACCGAAUCCAACCCUGUAUCCAAGUUGAGAUACACGUUGGCAAUACAUGAGCGAAGGAAUUCUAGUCGGGCCAGUCUUAAAGAGUGAUGGCAGGAAUUGGAGCCUGAGGUAACCCGAGUGUUUGUGCUUUAUUCUGAUAUGGGCGUUGACCUGCUAUUAGGCUGUGGUUCAGGAUGUUGGCCGACAUAUAAGAGAUUAAUAGGUAUGCAAACUGGGCUAGAAUAACUAAGCUCGAGAACAUAGUCACGUC